AUGACUUCUCAAGGUGCUAGCACGAUGGCUCGUGGAGCCAAGCCGGUGAUGAAGUCUAUUAGUGCUGCGUUAAUGCUUUCCCGUAUUCCAAUUGUCACACCUGAACUAACGAAGAUAGAAUCUCAGUACUAUAAGUAUCAGUCAGAACUGGAAAAACGUCUAAUGUGGUCAUUCCCUCAGUACUACUACUUUAAGAGGGGUACAUUGGCUGAACGUCGUUUUGUGAAGUUGCAGAAACCUGUGGUUUCGAAACAACCUGGGGUUUGGUUUCCUAAGGGUGUACCAGACAUUAAGCUCAACAGAGAAAGAAGCAGGAAGCAGGAUAUUAUCUUACCCAGGGGAGCUGAAAGUGAUGAUGUCACUGAUAUUUCAAGAGCUAUUAAACCAAAUUCUAGAGUUACAGAAGCUGACGAGAAGAACGAUAUUACUAGCUUGGAACGGAAGUUGGCAAGAACACUAUAUCUUGUUGUCAAAGACAAUAGCAGUAAAUGGAGGUUCCCUAGUGUAGCUGUGCCUUCAAAGAACUCUGAAGUGAAACCUUUGCAUGAGCUUGCGGAAGCUAAUUUGAGAUCUUUAAGCCGGCACGACAUAAAUACCUGGACUGUUUCGAACACACCUAUUGGUGUUUUGGAGCAGGAAUCAGAGGCUGAGUUUAUCAUCAAAUCGCAUAUUAUAAGUGGGAAGUUUGAACUACUGGAGGAAGCACCAUAUUCUGAACACGCCUGGCUUUCAAAGGACGAAAUAGAGGGUUGCGUGGAUCCAAGCUAUUUCGAUAAUGUCAAGUUCCUUUUAUCUGAUAUUUAA